AUGGACCUAGCACAUGGAGCUUUGGUCGUGGCUCUCCUUGCCAUAAUCGGUGUAACGACAAGUUCCACCAAGAAGAAAGCGCAGGGACACCUCCCUUUACCUCCUGGUCCAAAACCCCUGCCCAUCAUCGGCAACCUACAUCGCAUGAACACCGAUUUUCCUUGGAUCACGUACAAAGAAUGGAGUGAUAUCUAUGGCGACAUCAUAUACUCUCGUAUCCUCAACCAAGAUGUCAUCAUCUUGAAUUCUGAGAAGGUAGCGCGAGCGCUUCUUGAGCAGCGCUCAAGCAAUUAUUCUGACAGACCCCGUUAUGCUACAAUGGAAUUGCAAGUAACGUUUGGUAUUUCAUUUAGGACGGUCAUGCGAAGCUACGGUGAUGCUUGGCGUAGGCACAGACGAAUAUUCCAUCAGGCCUUCCGCCCUGAAGCCGCUGUUAUCUACCGACCUAUGCAGCUUCGCCAGGCGCACCAGCUCCUGGUCGAUCUUCUCCAUGAACCGGCUAACUAUGAACUGCAUCUAGAAACGCACUCAGCAUCCAUCAUCAUGUCUGCUGUUUAUGACUACGAAACAAAGCCCGAUGAUCCCCUCAUUUCCAUGAUUCGGGGGGCAAUGGAUAGAAUUAUUCAUGCUGAGACCCCAAGCAAGGCGGCUAUCAUUGACUCCUAUCCUGCCUUGACUUUAAUCCCUGCCUGGUUCCCCGGAGCAUCAUUCAAGCGUCAUGCUUUAGAACUGAAGAGCGUACUCAAUGAUAUGGUUGAGAAACCGUUCGAAUAUGCGCUCGAUAGAAUUUCCUCUGGGUUGUCUGCCCCUUCCAUGGUCUCCGAAGGACUCGCGCGAUUCCAAGGCGACGCAUCCUUUGAGUUAGCAAUCAAAGAGUCUAGUGCCACUGCGUUCGGGGCUGGUUCUGAGACUACACAUUCGACUCUGCUUGUCUUUAUACAAGCGAUGGUUCUCAAUCCAGAAGUUCAGAAACGCGCUCAAGCCGAAAUAGAUCAUGUCGUAGGAUCUGACAGACUCCCCGACUUUGGCGAUCGCCCUUCUAUGCCAUACCUUGAAGCUGUCCUACGCGAAACAUUGAGGUUCUAUCCGAUUGUACCUCUCUCCGUACCUCACGCUGCUGUGAACGAUGACGUGUAUGAAGGAUACUUCAUCCCGAAAGGAAUAACUAUCGUAACGAACGUCUGGGCAAUGACGCACGACGCAACCAAAUACCCUGCUCCUUUCGAAUUCAAGCCCGAACGAUUCUUCACACCUUCUGGCGAUCUGAACGACGAUCAAGUCACUCCCAUCUGGGGCUGGGGCCGACGCAUAUGUGUGGGGCGUCACAUUGCAGACGCGUCUCUAUGGUCUGCGAUCGCUUCCAUGCUCGCUGUCUUUGAUUUCUUGAAAGCUAAGGACGCAAGCGGAAAAGAUAUCGAUUUUGAACCUCGGUGGACCUCCGGGGUGGCGUCGCGUCCCGUGAAAUUUCCGUGUCGGAUAGUCCCUCGAAGACGUGACAUGGAUGCAGAGAAUCUGGCAUCCUUGAUUAGCAUCGCCGCGUGA